UAUUUUAAGACGAAGCUGAUGAAGACUCUAUAUCUGACCCAGAAUUGAGUUGAGACAAAAUUCGCCGACGAAGAGAAAAAAAAAAUUCAAAGCGAUGGGUUUGCAACUAUGGGAGACUUUGAAGGAGGAAAUAACGGCGUAUACGGGUCUAUCUCCGGCCACUUUCUUCACGGUUGUUGCUCUGUUGUGGGCCAUUUACUAUGUGGUAACGGGUCUAUUCGGGUCGUCCGAUGAUCACCAUCAACGUUCCAGGGCUUUCGAGGAGCAGAUGGAGCCGCUCCCACCUCCGGUUCAUGUAGGCGAAAUUUCCGAGAAGGAACUUAAACAGUAUGAUGGGUCGGAUCCCAAGAAGCCACUCCUUAUGGCCAUCAAGGGUCAGAUUUAUGAUGUUUCUCAAAGCAGAAUGUUUUAUGGACCUGGUGGACCUUAUGCAUUGUUUGCUGGAAAGGAUGCUAGCAGAGCUCUUGCAAAGAUGUCUUUUGAAGAACAAGAUUUAACCGGGGACAUAUCGGGUCUUGGUCCAUUUGAAUUGGAUGCUUUGCAAGAUUGGGAAUAUAAGUUUAUGAGCAAAUAUGUAAAGGUUGGAACUAUCAAGAAGACAGUUGCAGUAACCGGAGGGGAUAAUGGAAAUGGUGAAGCCUUGGGGACUACUGAGGGCCAUGCUAAGCCAGCUGAAGAUGGUUCAUCACAAAAUGCAGUUGCUGGAACUGAUGCUGAGGAGUGAUGUGUUUUAGUAGAGUUGUUACCGGCUCGAAUGGGUCGAGAUGCCAUAAGAUAUAGAGUAACGUUGUCUGUGAAUCUUUAUUCCAUAUAUUAGCUUACUUUUUUUAUACUUUUGACAUUCAUAAGCUGGUAAUUGACUUUAAUCUACAAAUCUCACCUUCUAAGCA